CUACUAGUAGUCUCAUUUUCUGCACCUUUUGAACCAUACGAACUCGGAAAUCCCCUUUCCUCUCCGAGUCAAUAAAAUUUAGACCGCUCUGCAUGCUCGCUCUAUUUGUCAGACUUGCGCAUUACUGCUGGGCAACGCCUCUUCGCAGUCAUCCGAAUACACCCUGUUCGUUAUUUGUCCUGUAAGACCCCGGCGCCAGUUGACCCACCAUGCCACCGCGCCAGGCUGCUGGGACCAAAAGGACCCGUGAAGUUGUGGACUUGACCGGGUCCGAGGAGACCCAGACCACACGCCCUGCCAAGUCACCUCGCUACCCUCCCUCCUCAUCCAACGCGCAGCUUUCUGUACUGGGGCCCAGUAAGCCGUCUUCCACUGCCUCCUUGCGUGUCCCUUCCAGUUCAGCAGCGGGGCCCUCAUCGUACAAUGCCGCGGACCGGAUGUCAUGGCAGAACCCCUCCAACGACGGUUUCGAGCCGUCGACGCAGGAACUUACGCAGAGGGAUGACGGCCCGCAGUUAGAGCUGUAUGGCUCGCUUGACGCCAAGGUCGUUGGUGUAAGAUACUACAAUGGCAUGGCUACCGCUGGCGAGGUGGUUGUCUGCAGAAGGGAACCCUCAAAUCCGUACGAUUCCAAUGCCAUCCGUGUGGACAAUGUACUUGGACACCAAAUCGGGCACAUCCCAAGAACGGUAGCCGCGAAACUCGCCCCUUACAUGGACCGCAAUGAAAUCGCCGUUGAGGCGAUGCUUACCGGCGAGAAAGGAUUCUAUGAUUGUCCGAUUCGCCUAUCUAUUUUUGGGACCGGUAAUCCCCUUGGUCGGACUGACCUUGAAGAGCGUCUGAAGAGAGACAAGCUUGUUAGGGCCUCGCAGCUCAAGCAGACCCGGAAGGAGACUGAGCAGGUGCGGAAGAACAUGGGCUUGAAGGCGGGCAGGUCAACUGCCGGCUUUGCCGUCGAUGAGAAGGAAGAGGUCUCUCUGGAGCAGCUUGCCCAAACCAGCCAGGCUGUCAACUUCCGCGCUGCUGCGGAUAUUGUCCAGACACUAGCCCUGGAUGAAGAGCAGCUCUCCAAGAUGCCCGAAGCAAAGCAACCCGAUUCGGUGCGAGCGAAGCUUCUGCCCUAUCAACUCCAGGGACUCGCUUGGCUCAUGGCCAAAGAGAACCCCGUCUUUCCAGAACCCGGAUCUCAAGAGUCUGUGCAGCUCUGGAGACGUGAUGCCAAGGGUCGAUACGCCAACAUCGCCACCAACUUUACUGUUACGUCGCCUCCUAGCCUCCUUUCUGGCGGCAUUCUGGCAGACGACAUGGGCCUCGGCAAGACGCUCCAGAUUAUCAGUCUGAUCAUGACUGGCGGUACAGGAAGCACCCUCAUCGUUGCUCCCGUUGGCGUGAUGAGCAAUUGGGAACAACAGAUCAAGCGGCACGUGUUCGAGGAGCACAUGCCCGGCGUUCUGAUUUACCACGGAGCUGCUCGGCAGAUGCCCGCCAAGUCGCUGCAGGAUUCCGGUGUUGUCAUCACAAGCUACGGCACUUUGAGCAGCGAGGCCGCAAGCGGCGGGCCCCUGUGCGAAGUUGACUGGCGCAGGGUCGUCUUGGACGAAGGCCACACAAUUCGCAACGCGAAGACCAAAGCAGCCGAGGCGGCUUGCAAGCUGAAGGCGCAGUCAAGAUGGGUGCUGACCGGGACACCAAUCGUCAACAACAUCAAAGACCUUCACGCCCUUAUCAAAUUCCUUCGAAUAACCGGCGGCAUCGAACAGUCCGACGUGUUUAACACUGUUCUUGCCAGACCACUGGCAUUCGGGGAUACACGUGCCGAGACCUUGUUGCAGUCGCUCAUGAGGGACCUCUGCCUCCGUCGCAGGAAGGAUAUGAAGUUCGUUGAUCUCAAACUCCCGCCCAAGACUGAAUACAUCCACCGGAUUACCUUCUGGGAGGACGAGAAGAAGAAAUACGAAGCUUUGCUUUCCGAAGCCCAAGGCGCUCUGCAAGAAUACCAGAGCAAAUCGAGCCUGGGCCAGAAGGGCAGAUUCCAGGGCGUUCUCGAGAGGCUUCUCCGUCUACGCCAGACUUGCAAUCACUGGACUCUGUGCAAAGAGCGCAUUACCGAUCUGCUCAAGGUCCUUGAGGAACAAGACGUCGUGCCGCUCAAUGCUGAGAACCGCGCCCUGCUGCAGAAGGCCCUUCAGCUUGUCAUAGAAAGCCAAGAGGAGUGCCCUGUCUGCAUCGAGCCCUUGACCGAUCCGGUCAUAACUCACUGCAAGCACUUUUUUUGCCGCGCAUGCAUCUCCAAGGUGGUUGAUAUACAGCACAAGUGCCCCAUGUGCCGGGCAGAGCUCUCCGAGGACAAGCUCGUGGAGCCGGCACCGGAGCACUCGGCGAAGGAAGAGGAGGACGGCCUUGACCGAGAGACAAAGAGCUCCAAGACGGAAGCGCUGCUCAAAAUCCUGCAGGCUACUCUGAAGAACGAGGGUUCGAAGGUGAUCAUUUUCUCUCAAUGGACUUCCUUCUUGACGGUCAUCCAACGCCAGCUGGAUGAAGCGCGGUAUGGGUACACUCGCAUCGACGGCAGCAUGAACACGGCGCAGCGUGAUGCUGCUCUCAAACAACUUGACCGCGACCCGGCAACCCGCAUCAUGCUGGCCAGUCUGAGCGUGUGCAGCGUCGGCUUGAACCUCGUCUCGGCGGACACGGUCGUCCUCGCCGACAGUUGGUGGGCGCCGGCCAUCGAAGACCAAGCUGUCGAUCGCGUCCACCGGCUGGGCCAGACCAGGCCCACGACGGUGUGGCGGUUGGUCAUGGAGGGAACGAUCGAGGAGCGUGUGCUCGAUAUCCAGGCGGAGAAGAGAGAGCUCGUCAACAAGGCUUUCCAGGAGAAGCAGAAGACGCAUAAGAAGGCCAAGGAGACGCGAAUGGGGGAUAUACUAAAGUUGCUUGCUUGAUUCUGCGGUAUACCAUCGGGAAACUGCAGCGGAUGCGGCGUGCGUGUUGUGAGAGGGAGUUGUGUGGGUAUGGAGAAGCGAGUAUCUACCCGGCACUACCCUAGGUAACUUUGCCUUCGCCGAGAAAUUGGUUCGGCUCGACCAACUAUUCAGCCAACUGGUGCGGACCCGGCCAGAUUGCUUCACUACGAGGCUACAAUAGCGCUGUUUGAUAUAGCACAGUACAUGUACUAAUACAGUUGUAAU